UUGAAGUCUUUUUUCUUUUCUGCUGUCGGUUUGUUGGAACUCGGGUCCCUUCGCUCGACUCGAAAGUCGAAUGCUGGUAGUUGGUUUUCUAUACUUUCUUAAAGGAUGACGGAAACGGGGAUAUUCUGUGUCUGAAUAUUCGCCGGUGAAACUAUGCCCACUAUUCGGAAACGUGCACUGCUGCUUUUAAUUCUUUUGAUUCUUCUGCUGUGGCUGCUGGGACAAUUGCUGAUGUUCUGGAAAGCCCCGACCGUAAUCAUCGAGAAUAACCAGCAGUUCCACAAUCUGUGCCAUGCCAGUGCGCUACCUCCUGACGUCAACCCGACAACCACCAUCUUCAUCAUCACGCCAACCUAUACCCGUCCCGUACAGAAAGCGGAGCUGACCCGUUUAAUGCACACUUUCACCAGUCGCCUCCUCGAUACAUCUCUGGUAAUUCACUGGAUCCUCGUGGAAGAUGCGCCCCGCAAAAGCGAUCUCGUGGCUCAUCUUCUGCAGAAAUCUGGACUUGUUUUCACCCAUCUGAACGUAGAGACGCCUGCGGAGAUGCGUGUGGAUGUGAAGAAGGGUGAGAAGAAAUGGAGCAAACCACGCGGCGUCCUGCAGCGCAACGCUGGUCUCGAGUGGGUGCGCGGCAGCGUGCCUGCGGACACGCGGGCGGUCGUGUACUUCGCUGACGAUGACAACACGUAUGAUGUGGAAUUGUUCCGCGAAAUGGCAGCCAUUGAGCGGGUAGGCGUGUGGCCGGUGGCGUUUGUGGGAGAACUGAUGGUGGAGAAGCCGGUGAUUGAUAACGGGAAAGUGGUGGCGUGGGAUGUGGGCUGGAAUGCGCAGCGACCGUUCGCCAUCGACAUGGCGGGAUUUGCGGUCAAUCUCCGCUUGAUCCAUGAUCAUCCGGACGCGCGAUUCGAUUUUAACCAACCGGUGGGCUAUCAGGAGUCAUUUUUCUUGAAAUCCCUAGGCGUGGCCAUGGAACAUUUGGAGCCGAAAGCGGGGAAUGGCAGUCCAGUGCUAGUGUGGCAUACACGCGCGGAAGCCAUUAAUUUGACACAGGAACGUAAGCGGCGGGCCCAAGGCAGGCCCUCCGAUGCAGGCAUCGAAGUGUGAUGGUUUCCCUGAUUUGCAAUACACCCGAAAUCUUUCGCACCAUAUUCAGUAUUAUUGUUUGAGUAUCUGCACCACAGACAAUUUGUUUUUUCGGUUUUUAUCGUGAUAACAGCACGUCAGAUG